CAGCUACAAGGGAGGGAAGGAUAGCUCAGUGGUUUGAGCAUUGGCCUGCUAAACUCAGGGUGGUUGUGAGUUCAAUCCUUGAGAGGGCCACUUAGGGAUCUGGGGCAAAAAUUGGGGAUUGGUCCUGCAUUGAGCAGGGGGUUGGACUAGAAGACCCUCUGAGGUCCCUUCCAACCCUGAUAUUCUAUGAUUCUAUUUCUUUUUAAAAUGCUGAAUGAAAUCAGGUCAUAGGGUAACAAUCAUCAUAUUAGUCACCAGCAGGGGUUUUACCCAGGAUCUCUGGAGCUAAGGCCAGACUUUCAACAGCUUGAGCUAAAGGACAAAGUCCCCUAGUUGGUAGCUGUAGCAGACAUCCUCUGUGGAUCAGGCACAGAAGGGGAUGCGUAACAUACACUGAGCAGUGGGCAACAGUAGCAUAGGGGAUAAUUGUUUGCCAAAUGUCAUGCAAUUAUGCCAGUGCAAAAAGAAGAUCAUCUCAUUCUUUGCUCCCUCUGUCUCUCAUCUUUAUGCUGGACUUGACUUUGUCAGCUCCUAGAUACACACAACUUCCUCGUGUUAAAUGUUUCAAAGGCCACCUGCUGAGUAAAGAAUUCUUUGACUAUUGUGUCUGACUCCCUAUUGCUCUCUCUAAUCCAGAUCGUUUCAGAAAACUCUGAAUCAUCCUUGUCUGACUGUUUUCUUCUCACAUCUCCCUUUGUCUGUGAAUCCACCUGCUGCACAUCUCCAGACUCAAGAGAAUUAAACUUUACCUUAGAGCUCUGCUCUGCCAAAAUCCUUAUCCAUGUAUCAUUUCUUCAAUGUGGCUACUGCAAUACCCUCUUCUAUGUUCUCUCUAAAUCCAUAGGGGCCCAUAAUGACCAAUGACUCUAACUCCAGGAAGUGGAGCCAUAUAGUCUAAGGCGGUUCAAAAUUGCCCGCUCUGACACAUUCUCUGGAGUUCCCUGGGAGCUGGAGCUUCAGCAGAAGUUAGCAUCACUGCAUUCCACGAGAAGAGAAGCAGCCCAGAAAUCAUUCUAGGGCCCAAUCCAAGCAUCUGGAGACGUCUCCAAAUACCAUGAGUCCUAACCCUAAUACCACCCUCUGUGCUAUGCUGUCCAACCACACACUGAAUUUGAGACAUUCAUCCAAGUGGGUGGUUACUGCCGUGGUGCUUUUCCUGGCCGUGUCUCGCUUCAGCGCCACUCCCACCUACCCGCGGAAAGACCCUGUGACUCACAACAGAGUGGUGUGCCACCAGUGCCCGCCGGGAACCUUUGUGGCCCAGCACUGCACCAGGGACAAACCCACCGUGUGCUCGCCCUGCCCAGACCUGCACUACACACAGUACUGGAACUACCUGGAGAAGUGUCGAUACUGCAACGUCAUCUGUGGGGAGCGGCAGGUCGAGCUGCAUCGCUGCAACUCCACCCACAACAGAGUGUGCCGCUGUCGGCACGGCUACUACUUCGAGUCCGAGUUCUGCCUCGAGCAUGCCGAGUGUCCCGCCGGGUCUGGGGUGGUAAAGCUGGGUACUCCCUAUCAGAACACGAAAUGUGAGAAGUGCCCCCACGGGUUCUUCUCAUCCUCCAGCUCCAGCACAGAGCCAUGCAAGCCACACCAGAGCUGCUCGCAGCAGGGGAAAGAGACUAAUGUCGUAGGAAACCAAUUCCAUGACACCCUGUGCACCACCUGCAAGAUGUUCAAGGGAAACGGAACCCAGGAGUCAGGAAAUGAGGACUGCGAACAAGCAGUGAUCGAUUUUGUGGUUUACCAGAACAUCCCGGUGAGAAAGCUGAAGCGCCUCCAGCAAAUCCUCGAGGGGCACCUAAAGGGGAUCCUCCACAAGGACACCAAGGCUGCCCUUCAGGAAAAGUUCCACACGUAUCUCACCCAGUUGAAGAAGGACCACUUGGAGCUCAUCAAAGUGCUGCUGGAUGCACUCCGGGCAGCGAAGCUGUAUACGGUGGAAGAGAUGGUGCGGAAACGUUUCUCCUUGGAGUUAGAAAAUUAACAGAACUGUUUAGGGUUUUUGUUGUUUUUGGUUUUUGUCUAGCUUGAUUAAUUUAUUAACUUUCCACAAACUAACUCGAGGUGCACCUUGGAGAAGAUGAAUGGUGGGGUAGUGAAUGGUGAGUCUCUGACUCAUUCCCGAUCCUCUCCAUUCUGACAGCUGACCUCUGUCCCAGUGUGUGCACGCUGUCUGUCUAACAUGGCCGCAGGUGAAGUCUGUAAUGCAGGCUGUGCCUCGGCUAUCAGAACUUCACUGCAAGUGGAGCUGGAUGAGAAUUCUGGGAGAAACUUGCACUUUGAAUAUUAACCUCCCCUCUGGGAAGCAGGGGUAGAUGAUGUUGUUACUUUAUCAGAAAUGAAAUGCAUAAGAUUCCAGAGAGAACAUGCCAUAUCUCUUGACUGCACAAGGGUCCCUGUUGCCCUUCCUUGGGCCACUGUGCAGAGUUUAAUUUUAAAGUGCACCAUAUUUUUAAAAGAAUAUUUAAAUGUUUCCUGGGGGAGGCUGCCUUUCACCUUCCAAUGUUAAGUUUCUUUCAAAGAGGGGUUUAUCAUUGAGAGAUGAGUCAAGUAUAAGAUGCCUCUGGGGUCACCAGUUACAGCCUCUUUUAAAUGUAUUUCUACAGUGCCUUGUUUUGUACAGUUUGUCAUGUUUGUUUGAUACAGAGAAAUGCAAAGAUGACAUUUGCCUCAGA